AUGAGCUCUGCUGGAGACGAAGAGCGCGCUGCUGCGAGCGGAGAACAGAUCCGCCCGCCAGUGCAGGAGGGCCGCGACGCGGAGCUUGCAAGUUUGCAACGGCAGAUUUCGCAAUUGGCGGCCCUGGUGGAGGAGUCGGUGAAGAAGAAGGAGCCUGGCAGCGUCGUGGCGGAUGCAGCCAGUAGGGGUGGCUGGGUUGCUGCCCCCAGAGGCCAACGAGAAGAGCCCACGCUGCCGCUCGGCGGUGGCGGGGGAUUUCUCCAGCAGCAAGCGAGAGAUAGUGGGCAAGGACCACGGUCGCUGCUGGAAGGCGGCUGGGCCAGCAGAUCGGUAGCGAACCCUGUUGGAUCAGCCGAAGUGGGCCCGGGCGUAGGACCGGACUACGGGGAAGCGAGGGGGUUAAACCCCCCAGCGAAGUUCCUGUUGGAGACAGCAACGGCGCUGGAUAGGGCCGAGAUCGUCAGGAUCGUGAGCACGGUGCACGCGAGCCUCCCGGAGGGAAGGAAGGCCUCGAAGGGCCAGCGUAGGGCGGAGCAUGCUCUCCUCGCGAGUGACGGUGGCGGCGGGGGAGGAGCGCCGGGCCGCGGCAACAGCGGCCGCCGCAAGGGUGGCGGCGGCNUCACUACUGCUGUGAGAAGUCUUCAAGUACUGCUACACAAUUGGGUGUGGAAAAACGAGUAUACGCCAAGUAGAUGGAGGCAAGAAGUAGUUGUGAACUUGUUGAAAAAAGGAGACAAGACUGACCCAAGAAACUACAGGGGGAUCACACUGUUGAAUGCAGCAGGAAAAGUGUUCUGUUUCCGAACGAAGAGGGGUUGCGUAGACCACGUAUUCACGGUAGGGAGAAUCAUCCAAGGUAGAAAGCGGGCGGGAAAGCCGACGUACUGCUUCUUCCUGGACGUGAAAAAGGCAUACGACACC